UCUGCUCCUGGUGCUGCUGCCAUGGCUGAUCCUGUCCCCGAGGAGAGCGCGUCCCACGUCCCCGAGCUGUGCUGUGAGUGUGGCCAGGCCCACCCCUUGCUGGACAAUCACCUGUACAACUUCCAGGACGAGGUGGACGAUGAGCUCAUCUGCCACAUCUGCCUGCAGCCCCUGCUGCAGCCCAUGGACACUCCCUGUGGGCACACCUACUGCUUCAAGUGCCUGGAGAACUUCAUGCAGGAGUACAGCUUCUGCCCCAUGGACCGCAAGAAGCUCUCCUUCCAGCAGUGCCACAAGUCCAGCCUGCUGGUGAGGAACCUGCUGGAUAAGCUGCUUGUGCUGUGUCCUUUCAAGGCUGAGUGCCAGCAGACCAUGCAGCGCUGUGAGCUGGAGGCUCACCUGCAGAACAGGUGUCCUGGGUUUAAGAAAUACAAAUCUGAGCUCCAGCGGAAAAGGAACCCCAUUUCCAAAGGGAAGGAAGAGCUUCCUGCCAAGGGGGACACAAAUACACCCAAGGAUCCAGAGCUCCCAAGUGGAGGCUCCUCACUUGUGGCAGAAAGCUCUGGAGCUGCUGUGGUGUCACUGGGGACUGCAGAGCCUGGACUGGUUAAUCCAGCUUUUGAGGAGACUGAAGAAGACCUUCCUCAGAGAACCAGUCUUGUGGCUGAAACUACCACCAUCGAAAUCCACCGGGAAGACCUGGAGGAAGAGCUGGGGAUGAGGAUAGUUGGGGGUAAGGACACCCCCCUGGGUAACAUCGUUGUUCAGGAAGUGCUGAGGGACUCUGUGAUUGCUGCUGAUGGAAGAAUUGCUCCUGGAGACCACAUCCUUGAGGUGAAUGGCGUCAACAUCAGCAGCGUGACUCACUGCCAGGCUGUCUCCUUCCUGCGCCACCCAGGGCCUGUUCUGCACCUCAUGGUCCUGCAGGAGAAGGGCUUUUCCAACAGGACUGCCCAGCAGGAUUGCAGCUCCAGCAGCAGGGAAGUGAUCCACGUCACCUUGGUGAAGAGAGACCGAUCCGAGCCCCUGGGAAUCAAACUGAUCAGGAAGACGGACGAGGCAGGGAUUUUUAUUCUGGAUCUCUUGGAGGGGGGCUUGGCAGCCAAGAAUGGGAAGCUGAGUCGGAAUGACAGAGUCCUUUCAAUAAAUGGACAGGAUUUGAGGCAAGGAACUCCCGAGGCUGCUGCCCAGAUCAUCCAGACCACGGAAUCCAGAGUGAACUUUGUGAUCCUGAGGCAGUCUGGGCUGCAGCUGGGGGAGCCAGGGGAGGAUGGCAGCACCUCCAACAGCAGCAGCAGCAGCAAUGGGGGCAGCCCUGUGCACCACCGGAGGCGACCAGACCAGAGCCACUACAGGAGAAAAUCCACCUACCAGAAGGAUUUGCCUCAGGGAUAUGUAAGUCAUGAGAAGACAGUUGCAAUAAAAAAGGAGCCAAAGGAAUCUUUGGGAAUCACAAUUGGAGGUGGAAGGGAUAACAAGAACAAGCUCCCUAUCUAUGUGACCAGUGUGCAGCCCAUUGGAUGCCUCUUCAGGGAUGGCAGAAUCAAGAGAGGGGAUGUCCUUCUGAGCAUCAAUGGCAUCGAUUUGACUCACCUGAACUACUAUGAAGCUGUCUCAGCUCUGAAAUCCAAUGCAGCUUCCCACUCAGUCACACUGAAAGCCUUGGAAAUCCUGUCCCUGAACUCCCCAGAGCCAGCCCUGGACAUCAGGGAGCAGGGGUUCAGCUGGUCUCCCCUCUGGAUCACAUGGCUUGGAUUGCCCAGCUACCUUCACUUCUGUCAAGAUAUUGUCCUCAGUAAAGGAAACCUGGAAAGUUGGGGCUUCAGCAUCGUGGGAGGCUUUGAGGAAAGCAAAGGAAACCAACCCUUCUUCAUCAAAACCAUCGUGCCAGGCACUCCCGCGUUCCGGGACAGGAAACUCAAGUGUGGAGAUGAAAUCGUGGCAGUGAACGGAGUGCCAGCAAUAGGAAUGAGCAACUCAGAAUUAAUCCCAAUGCUGAAGGAGCAGAGGAACAAAGUCACCCUGACCGUGGUGUCCUGGCCAGGGAGCCUGGUGUGACAGCUCCAGCAAAGCCCCAACACUUCAGGUAUCCAACAGCAGCUGGGCAGCACCCAGGCCACAGCUGCAGGAAACAGGGACUGCCCCACUGCAUUGCCAUGGAAAACUCGCUGCUUCCUUUCUAUGGAAAACAUUUUACCAACAAAUCUGGAUGCUGAAUUCAAAGUAAAGGUUAACCCAGGAGUUGUUGAGCUGCCCAGGCUCAUGAAAGCUCCUUAGGAUUGGUGGAGCACAGAAAGCUCUGCCCAGUGUUUCUCCACAACCUGCCCUGGAGGCUGCUGAGGCUUGCCUCGAUUUUAGGGCUCUGCUUUCCCUUGAGUAUUUGAACAGGUUAAAACAGAGGCUUCUAGAAGCAGCUACUGGAUCUGUAAGGAUGGGGACCCGAUUUAGGCAUUUCUAUCAGGAUUUCCCAGCCCUCAUUUUUAGGUGUCAGUAACCCAAGGGAUGAUUUAACAAUGAAAAGCCCACAGUAGCUCAGAGCUGCUGGGGCAGCCUGGUGGAGCUUUGUUACCUGCAGGAGGGUCCUGGCACAAAUCCCAGUUCAGGAUCCUGCCAACUCCACUGACUGACUGCAAAGGGACAAUUUCAACAACUUAAAAAACCACUCUCAAAGGCAUCAGCAAGAGGGGUUUCAUUGAAAUAUGAUGUUGCAAAAUGUCACUUUAUCAAAGGUCAAGGGUAAGAUUCACUUAUUGCACACGGGUUUCCCUGGUUUUAGGAUUGAUAAAAGCAGCUUUUCCCAGAAGGGAACGGGCUGGUGUCAGACAGCCCUGGCCCAGCCUGAUGCCUGUUUUAUUUUUAUGUUGCCAGUGCUGAAGGGCAGAGUUCAGGCAGGGGCAGAAGCACCUGUACUGCCAGGUGAGAUUUCUCCUGCAGUUCCCUUCAUGUCCCUCUUGCAGCUGGAGCAAAAUAUCAACUUAUGGGAUCAGGGGAAGCUCAAUGGAUCUUGGCUGCAGGAAAAGUCACCUCCAGAAGGAGACUGUGCCCAGCCUGGCUUCAGUUCAAACCCACUGUGCAGGUAAAAUUUACAGUUGAAGAACUGAAGCCCAGGUAGGGUGCUUUGACCUCUGACACUGUGAAAGUUCCUACCUGCAAACUCCACCUGAAGCAAUUCCCUUUUUUAGCAGUUUAAUGAGCAAUAGAGAUGAUGGGUUUUUCUCAAACCAGGUUGCUCCUGUGCUGCACCUUUUGCAGGAGCAGCUUUGUAAGAAUCCAAGGAG